AUGCACACACACACCUCAGAGCAUGUGUGUGGCUUUGAGGAUGAUCGGAUCUGCGGUUUCUCCCAAGACCAGAAUGACGUCUUUGACUGGACAAGACAGAACAACCUGACGAAUAAUCCAAAGCGAUCUGCCAACACUGGCCCUGAGACGGACCGUAGUGGAACAAAGGAGGGGUACUACAUGUACAUUGAAGCAUCACGACCACGUGCUCCAGGGGACAAGGCUCGACUUCUGUCUCCAGUUUACAAUGCCUCUUUCACCAAAGGCCCCAAGGGCUCCGGUCGAGAGCAAUACUGCGUCUCCUUCUACUAUCACAUGAAGGGUAAACACAUUGGUAAGAUGUAG